AUGAUGCCGCCACCCAACAAGCCUCAGCAAUCCAGGCAUACCGCGACGCCCAACAUGCCACCAAAGCUGAGCUCAAUGGCGUUCGAGCUGAAGAACUCGCUUAGCCUCGAUGAUCGCGAAUGGCGUUUCCAGCUUGACCGGCUGCCAAGUCCGCAACAGCUUAAUGCCUCGAAACUGAUCAAGGUGAUUGUGCUCGCUACCGAAGGCGCAGAGCAGCGGAUGAUGCUCAGAUUUGACACUCACCAAACGACACGCGCGACUGCAUCUCAUCCACUAGACAGUUUUCUAGUUCUCUCAUUGACAGGAUUUCGGCCUUCGCCGGGCUUUGCGGCCGAGAGUGGUGGUAAUCGUCCGAUCACGUCUCGCGAGCACAAGGAAUACGUGUUGCGCCUCCUGCGGGCCGGUAUCGUGCUACAGGGGACCACCUACAACUUUUACGGACAUAGCAAUAGCCAACUAAGAUCCAGAGCCUGCUUCCUGUUCGCCGCCCCCAAGGAUACGAUCAGCAAGAUGGUGGAAUCGCUUGGUGAGUUCACCUCCAUGAAAACGGUUGCCAAGAAAGCAAAACGUCUCGGGCUUCUAUUCUCCACGGCACACGCCGUUCUUCAGGUUGGGGGUGACCGAUGCGAAGAUAUUGCCGAUAUUGAAGCUAACGGCUACACAUUCACGGACGGCUGUGGGCUGAUGGCGCCUCAAUUCGCGCAAAACGUGUCACGGCGAAUGCGUCUCAAGUUCCGUGACAGACGCUACUCGCCCUCGGUCUUUCAAAUCCGCUACAGAGGAUACAAAGGAGUCGUCAUAGAAGAUCCAAGGAUGAAGAAUGAGUCUACUUGGCUGCGGCUGCGUCAGUCCAUGAAAAAGUUCAAUGCUGCCGAAAACCUCUCGUUCUCCGUUGUGGACUACUCGAAACCUUACGCUUUCGGCCAUUUGAACGACGAAGUUGUGAUGCUUCUUCAUGCCCUUGGGGUGCGCAGAGAGACCUUGCUGCGCAAACAACGAGAAUAUCUUGAUUUCCUGGUCGAGGCUGCCAGCAAUGCACGCCAGGCUUUCCGUUUUCUCUGCUAUGUCUCCCGACACGACCUCGCCGAAAAGGUGCUUCUGGUGUCCCUUGAGUCCGUCAAACCACAGAUCCAAGCAUUGAUCCAGGCAGAGUACGGCAAGAUGUUGAACAAACGUGACGAGCAGCGCUGUCGGAUCCUCGUCUCACAGUCACGACUCCUUUUCGGGGUCUGCGAUGCCUGGGGUAUCCUCAAGGAAGACGAGUGUGCCGUCAAAGUCACCAUGGACGGCGAUGGCCUUCCGUACGCACUAAAGAACACAGAAGUUCUCGUGGCACGGAACCCUUGUCUUCACCCUGGUGACAUGCAGAAGUUCAGAGUAGUCGACCAUGCCUCUCUCUCACACCUUGUGGACUGCAUCGUCUUCCCAACACGUGGCAGACGUUCGCCGGCGGACAUGAUGUCAGGUGGCGAUCUCGACGGUGACAAAUUCCUCGUGUGCUGGGACAAAGACUUGAUUCCGUCGACCAUAUCCCAACCAGCCGAGUACCCUGCCACCAAAGAGCCCGUCAGGUUUCGUCCCAUCACGGAUGAUGAUAGGCUGGUCUACUUUGCCGAGUACACGAACGCAUCCCUGGGCAGGGUCAAGAAUCUUUAUCUGGACUGGGCACGUGUGAAAGGACCUAUGGCUCCGGAAUGUCAAGAGCUCAAUCGGCUAUUCUCACAAUGUGUGGACGGAAUGCAAAUUAAGAUACCGCCGCGACUGGAAUCUAUUCCUGUUAUUCCGUCAGACAACCAGAAGUUCAUACUAGAUGAGCUACAUGAGGUAGCUGCAGCUGACAUCGCUCGCGGACGACUGCGGGAGACUAAUUUGGCCUGCGCAGAGUUCGACAUCAUCGAACUCUUGGUAUCUCGUCAAGACAUCGCGAUCACGGAAUUUGAGCUCUUGAAGUUGACGGCAAAGUGGUGUCGCAGGCAUGGGAUGUGUCUAGGAGACUUCCUUCCUUACUUUGACAUGAACUCCUUGACGGCCGAGGAAAAGCACUGGGUUCUUUCUUCGACACAACAACUACAGUGGGCACCUUCUCUCAUCCUCAAUGCCCUUUGUACAUCCAAGAUCGUGUCCGAGAAUGAUAUUGCUCACCAUCAGCUGGGUACUCCUCGGCUGAGAUGGAAGAGGGUAUAUGACUCCUCACAAUGCCGACUUGCCACAUUCCUGGACACUGCCGCCAAGACGUUCGAGGAAUUUCACAGAAAACUGGUAGUGGCUCAGGUGGAUGAAAGAUUGUCUCUCAUGAUAUAUAUACCACGGAUGAUACCGAAGGCCCAGGACUGUCUCGUCCACGAUACUGUUCGCGUUAUUGCCUUUCCGCAUGCUAAAGACUUGUCGUCUUUCGGCCGUCUGUCUCGCUCGACUCGGAAGAACUACCGUCUGUAUUGUGACAACAACCUGUUCCAGUUGUUUGAAGGACAGCGGAGCAACACAUGGAUAUUCAUCAAGCGAAGUGCUUCGGACGAUACUGCAUACCGCAGUACUGUGAAUAGAGGUGACCGGCGGCGCCUGAGGCAGGCUACCAUCGAGGACGGUCGAAACUUCGAUUAUCGAGUCAGCGUGGCGCUUGACAAAUUCAGUCAGGGCCUGCAGCGACAGAUAGGACGUGUAAAUGGCCAUGGGUUACUGGCUGCAGAACAGCUUGGCAAGGUCCUCAAAUGGCUGGGACAGCACAAUAUGACCAGUGUCACCCAGAAUAUCUACGGCCAUGUCCUCUCACGCGUUUGUACCGACGAUCCAGACAUUGAGUGUCUGAGCUGGCAAAUGGAUGUCCUGCUGGAUCACCUGUCCAUGGAACCUUCGAUGGCCGCUAGCUUCUCCAGGCUCAGCACUCGAAAGGCCCACCUUCCCAGAGGAGUACUUCAGAAGCUCCAGGAUCGAGGACAAGAGAUUCUGAACGCAAUCGUCCGCUGUGCCUGUUCCGCAGAUGCUCUACUUGUCCCGGCCUUUGAGUCGGCUCUGUCCCUAACUCAUGCUCUAACGCUGGACGGUAUGACGAGUCUCGUCGAGCUGUGCGCUCUAACCAUUCACUCCCCAGAUCUAGCUUUAGAUAUUCUUCUGGGAUGUCUCAAGCGCCAGAGUCUGCGUCUGCUCGCUGGGACCAUCAAACCACCGUUGGCCAUGCACUUUGCCGAUAACAUUGUUAGCAUCGCUCUGGACCACAUCCACGAAGCUAAUGAACAACAAAUUGACAGAGCUGAAAUGAUAAUGCUACACGACCUCAAGAAAGAACGAGAUGGAUAUCCCUUGGCCGAAUGCGCAUUCCGUAUUGAUUCUGCGAAGGUGCCAGAGACGUGGGCACAUGUUCGCUUAACGGCCGCCUCAAAGCCCAAGAAUGCGCCCUUGGCGAGAGAAGUAUGCAUUGAUGCACUCGUGGUCGAGAGUCGCUUGGGAUCGGCCACUUUCCAGUGUUUCCAGCCACUGCCUGUGUUCGUGGAACAAUGUUCCUGGAUCCUGACAAACUACGGCCCUUUCGCGAAAUCUCGCGCCCUGUUUGCUGCUAUGCGGCAUUUCGCUGACACGGGUGGCCAAUACUGUUGCGUUGCGAAUGAGCUUCUGGCAUCGGACACGGUCGCUUGUGAAGCAAGUGCCAUGAGACCAAAAUCAAACGGUCGUACUGCUCUCACAACGCACUUUCAGCUCUCCCUCAACGAAAGCCAGAGAACCGCGAUGCUUGCUGCUCUGACGCAUCCACUUGUCCUCAUCUGGGGCCCACCGGGUACCGGCAAGACACAGACAAUUGUCGCCAUCAUACUUGGCCUGCUGGACCGGUUUCCAGAGGAGAGAAUUCUCGUCACGGCGCCGACUCACAACGCGGUGGACAACUUGAUGAGACGGUAUCUUGAUGUCACUGGACGAACGGGGCCUGUCGCUCUUAGAGUCUCAACCGAGGCGAGUUUACUCCAUUCCCACACUUUGUCCUUACUCGUUUGA